CGUUGCUGGGGUGGGUGUUCUGCUCACACGCUGCUCCUCUCCUCAGGCUCAGCGUACUAUGAUAACGUCCGUCCCUUGGCCUACCCGGACUCGGAUGCUGUGCUCAUCUGCUUUGACAUCAGCCGCCCGGAGACCCUCGACAGCGUGCUCAAGAAGUGGCAAGGGGAGACUCAGGAGUUCUGCCCCAACGCGAAGAUCGUGCUGGUGGGCUGCAAGCUGGACAUGCGGACGGACCUGAACACGCUGCGGGAGCUCUCCAAGCAGCGCCUCAUCCCUGUCACACACGAGCAG